GCUAUAGCAACCUCGCCGCCGGCUAGGCCCGCCUCUUGCUUUGCUUGCGCAGAAAGGGUGGAAGGAGGCGGAAACUGACGAGAGGCGCUGGGUCUCCUGAGGCCGGCCCUACGGGCGAGGAGCCGGCUCUAGGCCGGGAACAUGGGAGUCAGGAUGGACGAAAGCGGCGAGCGCAGGAGGCGGCGGAGCAGCCCAGUAAUAGAAUAUCUAACCAUUCCUAGGUACGGACUAGCAAGCCCAUUCAAAGGACAUUUAAGUACAAAAAGUAAUGCUUUCUGCAUCGACUCCUCCUCCCGCAGACUCAGUAAUCAGUACCUCAUCAGGGAUCACAUGGCUGUUCAUUAUAAUAAAAUACUUUCAGCCAAAGCUGCUAUAGACUGUUCAUUACCAAAAAGCAGAUUAAACAGUAUAAAAUUUUCAGAUCAGCAACAAAGAGAGAAACUGAAGAAAGAGGUAGAAAAAUGUGAGAAGGAGAUGAUUUCAUCUCAACAGGUAUCCCGAUCAAGUUCCAGGGAAAGUAGAAGACUGUUGUCUGCUACCUAUACAAAACCCACCCCAACACAUUCAUCAGAACCAGAAGACAAGGAACCCUUAAGGGCACCAUGUGAACAGCAGUGUGGGUUAGACUCCCUACUGAUUCCAGAAAAGCAAAGCGCAAUCCUUCAAAGGAAAGAAAAAAAUAACAAAAGCAUUGCUCCGAAAAUCUCCACCUUAUCAAUUGAAAGCUCAGAUUCCAGCAUUUCAAGCCUACAAAAAUUACAUUCUAGAGUUUCCUGUAGUUCUUCUGACACUACAGCAAGCAAGCAUUCUUCAAAAGCCCAAACUCCUGACUCCAAAGCAUGCAGUGGGGAUCUCCUGGAUAAGCAUUCCCAACAUUUUACCAAUGGUCAGCAGCCAUUCACUCCAAGGACUUUAAAGUCGGAUGCAAAAUCCUUUCUUUCACAAUACAGAUACUACACCCCAGCAAGACGGAAAGUAAGGGAGAAUCUAAGGCAACAUAUGGAAGCAGAAACACAAACUGAAAUAAGCAGUUUUCAAGACAAAUCUGAAGCAGCUGAAAAAGAAAAUUUGCCUAGUUUUCAGAAGAUCACAAAGGAGGUAGAAGAUUCCCAGUUUUCUAAUGAGCAGAAGUCUGAUGAAAUGAAAACCGUUUCUCAGUUAUCCUCUCCAAGAGCAAUUUCUCCAUGUUCUGUUGAGUCCCCAACCAUGAGGAAAAUCCAAGCUGAAGAAGAAGAACUGAGGUAUUUAAAUUUUAUUCAGGACAUAACAGAUGAAAUUCUGAAGCUUGGAUUAUUUUCCAACAGGGCUUUGGAAAGGUUGUUUGAACGUCACGUAGAACUAAACAAGAACCAUCUAAAUAAGAACAAAAUGCGCCACCUGCUGGAGAUUCUAAAAGUAGACUUGGGUUGCAACAGGGAGGAAAAUUCUGCAGGCGUGUCUGAUGCAUAUGGGCAUUUACAGAAUGAAUCAGCAGAGCACCUUCAACUUACCAGUAUAUCCGAGAGCAAAGUGUCAAAAAGUGAAGAGCUUUUAAAUGCAGCGGAUUUAAUAACAAGUGACCUCACUGUACACAAUGAUAAAUUCCAGAGAAUGGAAGACCAGGAUGCAAUUUCUCAGGAUAUCAAGGAUUUACUGAACAUUGAGCUGAAUCCCCCGUCCAUGAAAACUGCUGAAACUCCAGAUAAUACAUAUCCAUUGCCACCAACAUGCAAUUCAGCCACAUGCAAUGCUGACUUUGAAACAAGUGAAUCUUUGAGAGAAGUUGACGAACUGAAAGAAAGCAUGAUGGAACCCAUCUCUUUGGUCGAGGCCCAGGAGUAAACAACUAGCAGCAAAGCACCAAACAAGGCAGUUCAUCUAGUCAGCAGUGCAGAGAUCUGAACUUUGAAAAUUGAAUAAAAUGCUAGCAAAUCAGCCUCUUAAUUUUUUUUUAAAUUUGGAUGCUACAGCAAAUGGGCUUGAAAUAUUAGAAGUCAGACUUUUUUGAACUGGGCACUGAAACAUUGCAAGAAACAAUAGACAAAAUUGUCAUGUGCAAUGUUAUUAACUGCAGAAAAGACUAGGCAUAUAGUUUGGGGCAUAAUGUUUAUUUUAAAGGCAGUAUAUUUAUCAAAAUACACUUAUAAUAAAUGAAUGUAAAAUUUGCAGGAGUAAAAACUGUCUGUAAAUUAAUAUGCCUACCCUUCUGAAUUCUUUUCCAAAUAGAUAUGCACCCUGAUUGAACCAUUACUUAUAUCUGUGCAGACAUCUGGUUCAGUUUGCUGUUUAGUGAACCAGGAUUGUUUUGUCUGAUUUUAAUGGAGAAGCAUCUUCUGCAAUGCAGUAUUCAGAUGAAGGAUUCAUCCUUUCAUCUUUUAAAGCAUGGAUCAGUUGACAGGACCUCUUGACUUACUAACAAAGGAUGGUUACACAGUCAUAGUGUUAACUAGUUGUCUCCUUUUACUUGCAGUUGGAAGGAUAAAAUGAAUUCACUGCUGUUUGCAUAUUAGUUCUAUAUCAGGGAUGGUUAAUAUACUGAUUACUCAAGCCUUUUAGACCAAGGGUGUCAAACUCAAGUCCCACUUAGAUCUGUCCCAUGAGGCUGCCCUGGAAACAGCAAAGGACCAACCCAUGGUGCCUCUGCCAGUGAAAGCAAAGAUCGGGAGGCCUGCAUGCAGCUUCCCCCGGGCCCCAUUUUCGUUGGCAGAAGGCUGCAAGAGG